UCGCAUCGUCUGGAUUCUUUUUACACAAUUCCACCGUCGCGAAAAGAGCAACGUGUGUAAUAAAGCUAUUUGUGUGAUUUGAUAGCGUUUUUUAUACAAAAGAACUUUUGAUUUUUUGAGUUUCGCAGAUAAAUCUGCUUCACUAAAUUACAAUUUUCAAUAAUAAACGUAAAUUGUAUUUUACGCGCAGUUUUCUUACAUCCAAAGGAUAACUAGAUUUUGGUUCCGUUUUCAAUCCAUAUUAAGCGAGAAAAAUGGCCGAAGUCGAAAAAGAAGUACCAGAGAAGACUAUUGCUGAAGAUUUGGUGGUAACCAAAUAUAAAUUGGCCGGUGAAAUAGUCAACAAAACAUUGAAGGCUGUUAUUGAUCUCUGUGUAGCCGAAGCGUCUGUGCGUGACAUCUGCACUAAGGGUGACAACCUCAUUACCGAUGAAACUAGCAAAGUACACAAGAAAGAAAAAGAUUUGAAAAAAGGUAUUGCAUUCCCAACUUGUUUGUCAGUGAACAACUGCGUUUGUCAUUUCUCUCCUUCGAAGAAUGAUAGUGACUACACGCUCAAGGAAGGUGAUGUGGUUAAAAUUGAUCUUGGUGCACACAUAGACGGUUUUAUUGCCGUAGCGGCACAUACAGUAGUUAUUGGUGCCUCCAAUGAUAAAAAGGUGACUGGACGUCAAGCUGAUGUCGUUUUAGCUGCAUACUGGGCAGUGCAAGCGGCAUUACGGUUAUUAAAGGCGGGCAACAGCAAUUACACGAUCACUGACGCUGUGCAACAAAUCAGCGAAUCGUACAAAUGUAAACCAAUCGAGGGUAUGCUUAGUCAUGAGUUGAAACAAUUUAAAAUCGAUGGUGAAAAGACUAUCAUACAAAAUCCUAAUGAAAGUCAGCGUAAGGAACAUGAGAAAUGCACUUUUGAGACACAUGAAGUUUAUGCUAUUGAUGUUAUUGUGAGCAGUGGCGAAGGCAUUGGUCGGGAAAAGGACACGAAAGUCUCUAUAUACAAGAAAACGGAUGAAAAUUAUAUGUUAAAACUGAAGGCUUCGCGAGCACUUUUGGCAGAGGUUAAAACAAAAUAUGGAAAUAUGCCCUUUAAUAUCAGACAUUUCGAUGAAGAAACAAAGGCGCGCAUGGGUGUUGUAGAAUGUGUAUCCCACAAGAUGAUUGAACCUUUCCAAGUUCUGUACGAAAAACCAACUGAAUAUGUUGCACAGUUCAAGCAUACCGUGUUGCUUAUGCCCAAUGGUGUCAAUUUGGUUACUGGUAUUCCUUUUGCGGAAGAUUUGUUUGUCAGUGAGCACAGCAUAGCCCAGCCAGAACUGAAAGAACUUGUUGCUACACCAUUACAGCCAAUUAAGAAAGGUAAAGGGGGUGCCAAGAAGAAGGGUGGCACUGCCGGUAGUGCACCAGCUGGUAAUGAUGCGGCUGCAGCGACAUCGAAAGUGGAGUCCACACCGGCAGUGGAGACCAAGGCCUGAAGUGUGACUGCAAUUACUGCCUUUUAACCAUAAAUAAAUUCAAACAGAACAGAGAAAGAAUCAUUUGAAACCGGAAACAGAAUAAACAACAUAUUAGAAGCAAUAAGAUGUUUAACUAAAAUGGAGCAGAUGUAACAAACACAGCCAUUUUCUAUCAACCUCUGCCUCUAUACAAAUAUACUAAUGUUAUCGCAGAGGUGGCGUUUUAAAGAUAAGUGUGCAUGUGUGUGUGCUUGUCGAUGCGGCAGG